UGCCGAGCGCCGGGUGCCUGCGCUUCUGCUGGAACCGGGGGCCAGCAGAUGCCGUAGGAGCCGUGCAUCGCUGCGGCCGCUUCUCUGCGGCGCUGGGGCCUCCGGGAGUGCCACCGCGGGACAAGCCGCUGCAGGCAGCCAGGAGCAGGACUAUGUCCACCAUGGUGUAUCCAAGGGAGGAGAAACUGGACAAGCUGAGCCAAGAGGAAAUAAUUUCCAACACCAAGCUGGUGAUGCAAGGGCUGGAGGCACUCAAGAAUGAACACAACUCCAUCCUACACAGCUUGCUGGAGACAAUCAAGUGCUUGAAGAAAGAUGAAGAAGCCAAUCUUGUGCAUGAGAAAUCCAACCUGCUCCGCAAGUCAGUGGAGAUGAUUGAACUGGGGCUUGGAGAAGCUCAGGUGAUGAUGGCAUUGUCCAACCAUCUGAAUGCUGUGGAGUCAGAGAAGCAGAAGCUGCGCGCUCAAGUGCGGAGACUGUGCCAGGAGAACCAGUGGCUGCGUGAUGAGCUUGCCAACACCCAACAAAAGCUGCAGCGCAGUGAACAAACCGUGGCUCAGCUGGAGGAGGAGAAGAAACACCUUGAGUUCAUGAACCAGCUGAAGAAGUAUGAUGAGGAUGUAUCACCUUCGGAGGAGAAGGAGGGCGACUCUGCCAAGGACUCUCUGGAUGAUCUGUUCCCAAAUGAGGAGGAAGAGCAUGGUCCUGGAUUGCCCCACCAACACAGCAGUGCAGUGGCAGCUGCCCAGCAGGGAGGCUACGAGAUUCCUGCACGCUUGCGCACCCUCCACAACCUUGUCAUCCAGUAUGCCUCACAGGGACGAUACGAGGUGGCAGUACCACUAUGCAAGCAGGCUCUGGAGGACCUGGAGAAGACAUCAGGCCAUGAUCACCCUGAUGUGGCCACCAUGCUCAAUAUCCUGGCACUAGUAUACAGGGAUCAGAAUAAAUACAAAGAGGCAGCACACCUCUUGAAUGAUGCUCUCUCCAUCCGUGAGAAGACUCUGGGCAAAGACCACCCAGCGGUGGCAGCAACUUUGAACAAUCUGGCUGUUCUCUACGGCAAGAGGGGGAAGUACAAAGAAGCAGAGCCACUCUGUAAGCGAGCCCUGGAGAUCCGUGAGAAGGUCCUAGGCAAAGACCAUCCUGAUGUGGCCAAGCAGCUGAACAAUCUAGCCCUGCUGUGCCAGAACCAGGGCAAGUAUGAUGAGGUAGAGUACUAUUACUGCCGAGCCCUGGAGAUCUAUGAGAGCUGCCUGGGUCCUGAUGACCCCAACGUGGCCAAGACCAAGAACAACCUGGCCUCCUGUUACCUGAAACAAGGCAAAUACAAAGAUGCAGAGGUGCUGUAUAAGGAGAUCCUCACCCGUGCUCACGUGAAGGAGUUUGGCUCUGUGGAUGAUGAACACAAGCCAAUAUGGAUGCACGCGGAGGAGAGAGAGGAGAUGAGCAAGAGCAAGCACAGAGAUGGUGCUCCCUACGCUGAGUAUGGUGGCUGGUACAAGGCUUGUAAGGUCAGCAGCCCAACUGUGAACACUACUCUGAGGAACCUGGGUGCACUGUACCGACGUCAGGGCAAGCUGGAGGCAGCUGAGACCUUGGAGGAAUGUGCAGUUCGUUCUCGGCGGCAGGGCAUUGACCCAAUCAACCAGACGAAGGUGGUAGAGAUCCUGAAGGAGGGUGAUGGCACAGAGAGACGUCGGAGCCUGGGGGGCGUCAAGUACGAGAAUGCCACAGACGGUAGCGAGGAAGCUUAAAUGCCUCCCGAGACUCCCUCUUUCCCCUCCACCGCAAUCAUCUGGAUGUUUGUGUUGUAUCUUCUGACUUUUCCUCCACACCAUCCCUCCUUCCUCGGCAAGACCUCCACGCCAGUCCCCCAACCCUCCUGGUGCACGAGGGCACCGCAACGCCAGCAGAGGAGCGAGUGCCUGGCCCCAUGGCCCAGCUCCAGUCCCGUGGCCAGCAAGAGCAGGAAGAAUCUGCGAGGAGCUUCCCACUCCCCCCAGGCCAGGGUGACGGGACACCGUCCCCUGGCAUGCCCCUACCCCUCCAGCCUUCCCUUGCCAUAGCCCUGGGGAUGGGACCAGGCCUGCAGGAGAUUGUCUGAAGAAUCUCCAGGCAUGCCGACUCCUCCAUCAUUAUACAUCCUCAACCCUCCUAGCUUGUUCCUUCCAUCUCUGCAGAGGCCAGGACAGAGGCAUGAAGAUGAGUUGGGACAGAGAGGCCUGGCCUUGGCAGGGCUGUCUUAUGCCCAGUUGCUUUCUUCCCUGUAGGCUUGGCUGAUGUUAGUGCCCUGUAGCAAACCUGCGCUGGCCAUUGGUAAGCUGGGCUCUCCCUACAGCACCGGGCAGUCCCUGUCUUGCUAUCCUUCUCCCCGCUGAGCUCUGCAUCCCAGGGGCAGCAUGUGGGUCUUUCUGCACAGGGAUGUAGGGUGCCUAUAGCUACUGUACAUCCAAGGUGAGGUGAGGGGGUGACAGGCGAAGGCCACACAUGGAACAGGGACCUGCCAGGACAAGCAUGUUUGGUUGCAGCCUCCUGACCUGAUUCUGUAGCCGAGUUCCUCACCUGAUGGCAUUAAGGGGUGAAUCAUCUCCUUGUUGCUCCGAGGUCCCCAGGUGUGGCUGCUGAGAGAAGAAGAGGCAGGACUGAAGCUGUUCACUAUUCUUCGGAGGCAGAGGAAGGGUGGGAGGAAAGCAGAAAUUCUGGCUAGGCUCCAGCCUAUUAGAAGUGGCGGAGAUAGGGAAUGGAACAGAGUGGUUGGGAGAAAAAGGAGGUGCAAAGAAGGAUGCAAGGAAAGGUAGAGCUGGAACUUAGGAUGCUCAGAGCAUGUAGGAGCAGAUGAGAUGGUUGGAGGGAGGUUUCCAUAGGAGAAGAGGGCAGGUUGCUCAUGGAGGAGGAUAGUUCUUGAACACAGGACCUGGCUUGCUAGGCAUGCUCCCUGGGGCUGUGACCCAGUGCCUGGCUGUCUCUAGCCAAAUACAUGGGAAAUCUAUAACCCUGUCUAUCACUGCUAAGGAGACAGUGGCACGUGUGUAAUGGGCUUAGUGCCUCUGAUGCGACUCCAGGCCUGCACAGGGUCUGCUGCUGUCAUUCACGGCUGGCAAAGGGGAUGGUGUUUCUCAGGGCCAGACCACCAUUGUCUUGAACCUUGCACCUUCAUCCCACCUCCUGGUAGAAGUGAACAUUGCUGGCUUCCCUACAUGGGAAGAGUGCUGGGAAGACUGCAGCCAGCAGGAUAGAGGCCAGCGCAGGACACCCACAUCCCCCACACCCCUGUUAUUUAUAGUUUCUCCUUUGUUAGUCAUCUGGAAGGUUGUGAUACUAAACGUGCUUGUGUCUGUUUGGGCCUGGCUUUCCUGUGGUGGUGCAGAGUCCUUGGGGCACAUGGAUCCUGCUCCCCUGGAAGCUUGUACUUACUGAAAGGAUAUUUGUGCUCAGGACUGUGGGGUGUGGAGCCCAGGGCUGAGUGGUCUAGGGCUGCACCUUCCCUGCCUCUCUCUCCCAGUACUGCUCAAUGCUCCUGGAGAGUGGUGAGUCCCCAGUGCAGGGUGCAUUCAGGCCUCAGUGCCACCUGCCCCCCAUGGUUUGCCAAGUCCUGGACCCGGUGCUGUAACAACUGUACCUCUGAUUAAAGGUAGACAGACC